AUGAAUCAUCAAAUGUUACAAAUAUCGACUUUGGAGUUUGAUAGUAGUGGAAGAUAUCUUGCUGUUGGAUAUAGCAAUGGAUCGAUUGCUAUUAUGGUGAAAUCGAGUGGUGGUGAUGAUAACUACAGUGAUGAUACCAACAACAACAUCGAUGUAGACGACAUGUUUAUAAUGGAUAACGAUAAUAUAUCGUCGUUGUCGUCACCAUCCGGUAUUGUUAACAAUGAUAUUGAUAUGAUGUUAGAUAGAUCGGAACAACAAGUUGAUCAAUUACAUAUACAACAACAACUACAACAUCAGCUACAACUACAAUCAUCGACAACGACAUCGACAUCGACAUCACUGUCUACCUUUGAUAUUCUAUUUUACUAUCAAGCACACGAGUCAGGUAAAUCAUAUGAACAUGAAGAGAUAUUCAAUUUAAACUCUAUCAGUAUCAACAGUGACUGUCAAACAUUUCUCUCCUCGGAUGAAUUUAGAGUUUAUCUGUGGGAUUUAAAUAUAGGUCAACAAUGUUAUAAUAUUAUCGAUUUAAAACCAUCUAAUAUUCAAAUGUUAACAGAGAUUAUAAGAGUAACCGAAUUUCAUCCUCUACAAUGUAAUUCACUCAUCUAUGGUACGAGCAAUGGAACUGUAAAACUAUGUGAUAUGAGAAUAUCUGCACUUUGUAAUGGUCAUUCAAAGAUUUAUGAAUCGAAACAGAAUAAUCAAUCUAUAUUCUCACAAUAUUUAAAUUCGAUAUUAGAUUUAAAGUUUAACAAGGAUGGUAGAUAUUUCGUUACUAGAAAUCUUGAAUCUUUAAUAAUUUGGGAUAUAAAUAUGGAGAGUAAACCAUUGGCCACUUAUAAUCUAUAUAAUCAAGAGUAUUUAUUAGCAAAGCUAUACGAUAUUGAAAUAAUAACAGGUUCAUAUGAUAAUAAAUCAUUGGUUUGGAAUCCAUUUACCUCUGAUUCAUUUAGUUUUGAAGCAUUACCAUAUCCUCAUCCAUUGCACUAUUCGUCGGCGUUACAACAAUCAAUGAUAUUUGACGAUCAACUAGUAGAUCAACAUUCACACCAGAUGUUUAGCUUUUCAUCUUCCACCACAACUUCACCUUCUUCCAUCGUAAAUGAAUAUGACGAUGAUAAUGAUAGUAUCGGUAACAGUAGUAGUAGCAACUAUUUUACAAACAAUCCAUUUACUUUACAAUCACCACCUCCACUGAUACUCGAGCAACAACUACUGCAACAACAACAACAACAACAACAACAAUGGUUAAAACAAUCAAAUAACAAUAUAUUACCAAUGCCAUCGAAUUCAUCAUCUUCACAACCUUUACCAUCGCCACCGUUACCACCCUCCGCUCUAAUGAACAGUGGCUAUCUCUUUGAGCCAAUACAAAUCGAUAUCUACAAUCAAUUCAAUCAUAUACCAGUUCGUAACUGGUCGAACAUCUCCAACAAUCACAUCAAUAGUUCACCUUUUGUAAAUAGUAAUAAUCACAAUCAACAACAACAACAAAGAAAUCACUCAUCAUCAAGUUCGAUGGGUGUUGACAAACUUACAAUUAAAGACCAUCUCAACUCCAUGAUCAACUGUAUAUCGCAUGCCAACGGAUCAACAGCACUAAGUAAUAAGAAUCAGCUAUUCAUAUAUUCAACAACUUAG